UAUGAAAAACAAUCAUCAUCGAAGAACAAAAUCAACUGGCAACUACUUUUCGAAUUAAUGUGAAUUUCUUGUUUAAGAUGAUGAUGAUGAUAACAAUGAAACAAGAGCAAUUAUUAAAAAAAUAUAACAAUAACCUAUUCUACAUCAUUAGAUAGUUGAAAAACUAGAUGAUUAAAAUUAUGGAUUGUUCAAUACUAUGUUUAAUUUUGGGCAAAUGAAGUAUAAACCAAAACAUUCUUUAGACUUAAGCACAAUUACAGAGUGCAGUUGUAACGAAUUCAUAAUAUUCAUAGCUACACCUUCAGCUAAAGAUGCUUAACCUAAACACAGAAAAUGUGGCAGUCAAUAAUAAUAGGUGAACAAAUAGCCAGCACGUCAUCAUCAUAGUCAAAGUCUACAAAUUCAUAGACUCGAAUACGAAUUGGAGUAAAUGAAGGCAUAAUAAGCUGAAAUCUAAAGUGUGAACAUGAUGCUAAUUAUUGAAAUUCACAAAUCAAGAUAAGAGCUCUAGAUAUCUUAAUAAGUAUAUUCUCAUUUUCAUUUUAGAAAAAUGAACUUAUCCUUUAACGAAUAAGAAAACUAGAAAAGAUGUUAAGAGAAGAUAAAAAAUUAUCCUGUAUAACUAACGACACUCUUGAAUUUUCCUGAGAAAAAUAC